GGAUUUGUGGGAAAGAAGUGUGAUUGAAGAACUUCACAAUAUGGCGAGAAGAAAUCACAGUUUGAGCGAUGAAGCUAACAACAUUGCUAACAACAAUGACAAUGAUAACAGUUUGAGCGUACCUAACGAACUUAACAACGAUGACGGAAGUCGUCAAGCUGCACAAGAUGCUCGAGAAAAAAUAAAGAAGCUCUUUGGAACUCGACCAAGAAGAAAGA